GCAUCCGCUAUAUUCAACAUGGCUGAUACAAGUAACGCCUCAAAUGAAAAAGAAAGCGGCACAAUCUUAAAUAUGAAAGAAGCAAAGGUUUCACCUUCAUUCUUACAUGCUAACUCUACUUCUCACACUGGGCCUUUCAGUGCAAUUGCUGAAAUAAUUGAUAACGCUUAUGACCCUGAUGUCCAGGCUAAAGAAUUACAUAUUGUUAAAUUAGAGUUAAAUGGGCAAACGUGCCUUUGUUUCACUGACGAUGGAAAUGGCAUGAGUCCAGAACAACUACAUAGAAUGUUAUCAUUUGGAUACUGCGAUAAAGUUGAAAUAAAAGGUCACAAGCCAAUAGGUUUUUAUGGAAAUGGUUUCAAAAGUGGAUCGAUGCGACUUGGAAGAGACGUUGUCGUGUUUACAAAGAAAGAUGAUAAAAUGUCUGUGGGUUUCUUAUCUCAAACGUUUUUAAAAAAGAUUAACGCCAAAACAGUUAUAGUGCCCAUGCUUUCUUGGUAUUCAGCAACAAGGAAGCAAGUAACUAACGCCUACUCAAGCGAAUCAGUUCAGGCAAUCGUUAAAUACUCACCAAUGAAGUCUCCUCAUGAUAUUAUGCGCCAAUUUCAAGAGAUUCCAAAAAAAGGAACUCGGAUAAUUAUUCAUAAUCUAAAAUCUGUUGAUGGACGACCUGAACUUGAUUUUGAUUCUGAUCCACAGGACAUCGGAAAUGCGGAGAGUGAAAUAUCAAAAUACAUAGAGGAUCAUGUAUCUACUUAUAAUAAAAGCCUACGGCAUUUUUGUUCCAUUUUAUAUAAUAAACCAAAGAUGAAGAUAAUUUUACGUGGUGUAAAAGUUGCUACAAAGAUUAUUUCGAAAAGCUUAUCUAAGACGGAAACGGAUGUUUAUAAACCUACUUUUUUACAGAAAAAUGUACCUAUUAUAUUUGGAUUUAGCAGUAAUCUAAAUGAUUAUGGCAUUAUGAUGUACCAUAGAAAUCGAUUAAUAAAAGCAUACGAACGUGUUGGAAUUCAGAAACAGGCCAAUGAUCACGGUGUGGGUGUUGUUGGAGUCAUAGAAGUAGACUUUUUAACACCAAUUCACAACAAAACUGAUUUUCAAAAAGAUGGACGCUACAGCUCUACUAUGAACGCUCUCGGCCAAAAAUUAAAUGAUUAUUGGUAUACAAAACAAAUGGAUAAAAAUUCAGGCUUAAACCAACAGAUUGUCCCCGACUGGAAUUGGGUUCAAUGUGAAUUUUGCUUAAAAUGGAGGAGAUUAGCUAAAAAUACAAACAUGAAAAAAAUCAACCCUUCUAAAUGGAAUUGCCAAAUGAACACAGAUGUUGAAUUUAACCGCUGUUCAAUUAAUGAAGAAGUGGACGAUGACGCGAAUAUAAAAGCUGCCACGUACGAAAAGAAAUUCAAGAAAAUUGAACGUAGGAAAAAAGACAGCAUGCAAAAAAUUAUUAAUGAAAAAGAAGCGGAAAUAGAAAUGUUGAAAAAUCAAUCUUUAACCAGCAAUUCCACAAAAAAUGGUCAUAGAUCUGAUACUAGUAUGGACGAAGCUUAUGUAGAUCACAGGCGAGAUGUUGAACAGAAAGCGAGUAGGGCUGUUAAUGAAAUUUUGAGGACAACCAGGAAGCGACAAAAAUCUUUUCUGGCUAUAGCAGCUAAAAGAAGUAAAUCUGAAGAAUCAGAACAUUCAGUAGCGAGCGAUUCCGAACACAAAUCUGAUGCGACUGAAAAGGAAAAUGAACCAAAACUUGAUGAUGGACCCCUAGUUAGAAGUGAACGAUUACCCGAAUCAAGAACUUCUUCCGAAGAUACUCUACGUGUUGAAGAUAGUAAAGCGAGAGAACAAAUGAACAUUUAUCUGAAAGAGCUCUACUCGCUAAGAAAAAAUGUUUCGAAACUUUUGGUCCAUCUGCUACCUUCUCAAAUUCAAAUUCCACCAAAAACCAGUCAAAUUGAUGAAUUCAUCAGAGAAUUACUCAACAGUUAUAUUGAAAAGAACGAAGAAAGUAACGAAAGAGAAACUACUGAUAAAACGGCGGACAGUCAACCAUCACAAACAGACGAAUUAAUGGCGGCUAUGAGGGAGGACUCCGCUGCACGAAAUCUGCCUUUUUGUCAAGAAGAUCGACUAUUAGCCGAUCAAAAAUACAGGAGAGAAUUGCUAGAUUUAUUCAGACAAUUAAGAAUUAACGCUCUGUGCAAUGUAGACUAUUUUAGUGCUAAGAAAAAUGGCAAUCAUGUUCGAUUUCAAAACUCAUUUAGAGUUCUAAUUGACCAUUUGGACAAUGGAAUUGAGCCUGGUGUUUGUAAUUUAAUAGCCGUUGCACAUCAUUUUGAUGUUGAUCCCUCCCUUCCAUAUAAUGGUUACAGAAGCUUUCUGCGAGUCAUUCAAAAGUGCUGCAGUCACAUUCUUCAACUAACAAGGCAUAUUAUUGUGUCUCGAAGUUCGCUAUUAUUCAGAGGAAGUCACUAUUCUACUGAACUAGAAUCAUAUGUCAACGUAUUAGGUCAAUUUAGAGCAUGUUUACAUUAUGUUCUUCAUCUUCCAAAAUUUUGUGGCGAAGGAGCGUUAUAUCCCGAUGAAGACUUGUUAACUGAAGAAGAGUUCAAAGAUGCAUAUUUUAUUAUGACGGAAGCAGAAAGCCUUACUCAGGAACCUUUUUACGAAAGACCCUUAGCCUUUCAAUUUUGCAAUUCUGUACAAAAUGCAUUAACUUCAAUUUGUAUUGGAUUGGCAUCUCAUGGAGAUGUAUUGGGCUUAGAAAAUAAAGCAAAUCCUGUUUUUAAAUUGAUCACAUACGCUCAAGGAGGCGGAAAAUAUUUUUUGUAUCCUGCCGAAAGAGCAAAAAAGGUCGUGGCUAUCACAAGAACAAAAGGAUUAUACUACUGUCAAUCUUUUUGGGAUUUAGCUGAUUUACAAAUAGCUCAAGUUCCUCAAUAUUUUAGUCCUUCAAUCGACGUAAACAGAAUUUUCGAAAUUAAGGAUGAAGUUUUCUAUUUAAAGGAGUUCAAUUCCGAAGUGACUGUUAAAAUUAAUCCACCAUGUGCAAUUAUCGGCCCUGCACCAGUAAAUUGCAGGUUAAUGUCUUCCAUAAAGAGAAAGGGUCAGGAAUAUGUAACGAAAGAAACUAGUCCGAAAGUAGCCGAGAACCUUUCGGACUGCUUAAUAUUUCAUAUACACGGAGGAGGGUUUGUUGCCCAAAAGUCUCAAUCCCAUACAUCAUAUCUUCGUUAUUGGGCUAAAAAGACCGAAGCUCCAAUUUUAUCUGUUGAUUAUAGCCUAGCGCCAAAACAUCAUUUUCCUAGAGCUUUAGAGGAAUGUUUUUUUGCAUAUUGCUGGGCAUUAAAACACCCCACCUACUUGGGAUGGACUGGAGAGAAAGUUGUUUUCGCUGGAGAUAGCGCGGGAGCUAAUUUAAUUUUAGCUGUUGCUCUUAGAGCUCAAGAAUUAAAUAUUCAAAAACCAGAUGGUAUUGUUCCAAUUUACGGAUGUUUCCUUGUUCAGUAUGUCCCAUCACCCUCUCGAAUGAUGUCACUGUGGGAUCCACUGUUAGCUGUUGGCAUUCUUACAAAAAUAUUACAUGCGUAUGCGGGCGUUAAGGAUGACCUUUAUAUCCAUGAAGUUGACUCUGGGUACGUUGAAACCGAUAUUGAAGAUGGUUUUGUAAAUGUCGACGCCAUAUAUUAUGGUAAACCUGAACAAGCUACAGUAGAUGAAGUCGGUAAAGAAAUGGAUGAAGAUGUUACAUCUAAAGUUUUGUUUACUUUGGACGAUGAUAAGGAUGAUAUACCCACUCAUCCAGCCAGAAGGCAAAGAAGUCUAAAAAAUUUCGAUCUCGAAAAGAACAGAAAUAGAUGCUUUACGAAGAGGUCGAGAUGCAUCUCUCUUCCGUGCUUUGAUAAUUCAGAGAUAUAUUCUGGUGAUUGGUGUACUCGUGAGCAAAGAGAAGUAGAAACUUUACUCGAAGAUCCAAGAACUUUUGCAAAGUUCGGAAAUAGAGUCAAAAUUAAUUUAAAUAGCAGUAUUAUGAGAGAUAAAAUAUUAAAGAAUGUUUACAUGUCACCAUUGUAUGCAACUGAGAAACAAUUAAAAACAUUAGGUCCAAUAUACUUUCUUGUAAGUACGCUAGGUGGAGCCACAAAAAGGUUAUUAAACUUAUCAUAUUUAUUUAAUUUACUUUCCAGGCCUCAGCCUUGGACCCCCUACUUGAUGACACAAUAGAAAUGGCAAAAAAAGUUAAAAAAGCUACUGGUUCUUGUAGAGUUGAUGUUUUAGACGGAGUCCCUCACGGAUUCCUUCAAUUUUCAAUGUUCAGGUAGGUAGGAGAAAAAUAAGUAAAUGUUUUCUUUAAAAUACAAUUGCAAAUCCUAAUUCCAGCGCGGAAUGCUUUAAAGGAGUUGAAUUGGCGUGUAAGCGUAUCAAUGAAGCUUUUGGCAAAGAAAAAGGAACAUGAUAGUUUCUUUUAACCUAAAACUGCUAUAUGCCCGCAGUACUUUGAAUUUUUGUUUUUAUUUUCUCAAAAGUAGGCGCUGUUUUUUUUCUCUCUCUCUCCCUCUCUCUCUCUCUCUCUCUCUCUCUCUCUCUCUCUCUCUCUCUCUCUCUCUCUCUCUCUCUCUCUUUAUUUUUUGACAGAAAUUUGUGCAUUUUAUAAUUUAAAAAAGGUGAUCAACAGAUAUACAGUAUAUAUAUAUUUAGUCUUUCAAUGAGCAAAGAAUGUUUGAAAAUCAUUUAAAAGGAAAUGAAAACAAUUGAAAAAGAAUCAAAAAAAUCUAUACAUACUAAUUAAAACAAAUACAUUUUUGUUUUCUUUUCCUUUUUUUAUUUUACAAUUUAAAAAAUUAAUUGGUUUUAUUUUGUUUUUUUUUUUCCUUCUUGUUCUUGUUUCUGUUUCUUGCCUAUUGUGAUUAUUGUUGGACUACCUCUAAGUGCCAUAAAAAUGCAAUCAGUUAUUAACAUAAUGAAUACAAAAAAAAUUACAAUUUUAUGUAUUUGCUUACGUAUUUAUAUAUAUAUAUAUUAUUAUACAUAUUUAUAUAAAUGAGCUUUUUUUUUAUCAAUUUGCUCUACAGUGUAUGAGUUUAUCUGAUUACGUAAUAAAACAUCUUUAUUAUUAAGGAUUCCUUCAUAAAUUUGAUAAUAUUUUUUUUUACUGUUUCUUUUCUUUCUUGGUGAAAUUUAAUAGGUUUUUCUUAAGAUUUUGUAAAUUUGCUUAACUUUUAUCAGUCUAUCGAAAAGGAUCUAAAUAGUCUACUUAGCCCUAUUGAGGAGCUCUUUUAACAAAAAAGGAAAAGAUAACAAUACGAACGGUAUUUACAGCCUGUGGUCAAGAAAUCAAUGAAAGAGUAGAAAUUUAACCUCGU